GAUUUGUCUUCUGCGUCAAUCGAACGAAUACCGUAGAAAAGAGCUCGUUGCUUCUGCUUCGUCAAAUCUUGAGCUGUGACAAAAAAGGACCACAAGGUACGGUUACGUACUUAUCUCAGGAUCCAACGAUUGGGUUCGACGCAUUGAGCAUCAGUCGUGCUGAAUCAACCCAUUCAUCCUUCCAUCCACCCACCCAUCAUCUGCGCUUUAUCGGGCUCUAAGAUGCUAGUCGCGUGCUGGUCGUUUCUGUUUUUGAUCACCGGUCAUGGAGCAUCAGCUCUGGCACCGAGUACCGGCCACCGGGUUCGAACUACGAGGACAGAAGGCCGCCUCAGCGCGAUACCAACCAUCGAUGGUCUGUGGAAAUCGCUAGAAGAACGCUUGAGCGAUGGGAAACGCAGCAACCAACAAGAGGCAUGUACCUCGCCUGGGGCCGGAUUUUUUCGCGCCGUCAACGACAAGAACAUCGACGGCGCCAUGGCCUACAUUGCCAGCGAAACUGAAAGCACCGGAGUCGAUUUCUACUUCGAAGACACAGAUUUUCCCAGCGCAUUCGGCAGCCCGCAAGAACUGGAGCGAGUUCUGCGGCUCCAAUCGGAAAUUGGAAAUGCCCCAAUCGUAGUGAUCGAUGAAGAUAUCUAUGACGCAAGUGCCCGAAAGUCUGGAGUCGCUUUUCACCUCGAGGACCCACAAAAACAAAUUAAUACGAAGGGAGCAGCUUUUUUCGAGCUGAACGACGACGGGUUGAUCCGCAAGGCAUUCAUUGUCAAGGAAAACGACAAAUCGGGAGAGUCUAGCCUAAAAAUCCUGAAGCUUGCCUCCGACGUGAUCGCUGCCACAAAAGAAGGCCAGGGGGGAUCUUCCUCUGAUUCGGUUCCGGUGCCGACACUAGCCAACCCAUCGGCGUCGGUGUCCCUUCCCGAGCAGUACUUUGCUGCAUGGAACCAGAGAGACAUGAAGCAAGCAGUCUCGGUAUUUGCGCAGGACAUUGAGUACGAUGAUACCGCCUUUCCGGCACCCUUUUCGGGGAAAGAGGCCCUAGAAAAUCACCUAGACCUUUGCGCCGAAGCUAUGCCUCCAUCGUUUUCCUUUAUCGUGGACGACAAAAUCGAUGCCGGGAACAAGGUGAUGGUCCGCUGGCACGUAGAAAGCAAUGCCGAGGAGCUCCCGUACACUCGGGGGUGCUCACACUACAGGAUCGAGAACGAAUUGAUAGCGAGUGGGACAGAUCUCAAGGAGCCGGCGGUCUUCAAAACCGGCGGUCUGAUGCUUUUCAUUGAUUCCUUCUCAUCGAAGUUGAGGGACGAACCCAUCCGCAUGGUUCCAACCCUGGUCUGGGCCACGUACAUGUACGUCGUGUUUUUCUCGGACUGGUUCUACGGGCUGCCCGCCACAUCCCUGGAGGUUCGGACCUGGGAGGAAGUCAGAGACCUCUCGCUGAACUUUUUCCUCGUCAGCCCCAUCCUCGACCUUCCGUUCGCACCGGUAGUUCACCCCGGGCUGGAGGGGAUUUUCAACCUUCUGCUCUCCUGGGCAGCAAUGUUUGCCGGGUUUCUGAGCGACGACCGAAAAAGCAAGCCUAACCUGUUUCCGAUGCUUCCGGCCGUUGCCGGGAUGCAGUUCCUGACGUCCGCCUUUUUGCUGCCCUACCUCGCAACGCGGUCGGUGGAAGACAAUGGGACCGAAUCGGUGGCUAUUCCAGCGGAAGAAAUCACACCUGUGAUCAAGGCGACCGACAGCAAAAUUCUGGGCCUGGCGAUGGGAUUGGUUGGCACGGGAUCCAUUGCCUGGGGACUGUUUGCUAGGUUCGACGACUUUGGCGACAUUUCCACGCGCUACGCAAGUCUGAUCGACCUCCUAAGCAUCGAUCGGGUGGGAUCGAGUUUUCUGGUGGACCUGGCCAUCUUUGGCCUCUUCCAGGGCUGGCUCGUAGAGGACGACGCUAAGCGACGUGGAAUGGAUCCCGAUUCGCUGCUGGCCAAAGCCGCCAAGUAUGUUCCGUUUUUUGGCCUCGUCUCGUAUCUGACGCUUCGCCCCGGGCUUGUAGCAGCCGAGGAACAAAGAUAGGCAGGCAUUGUUCAUAAUAAUAGACCAGUAUUACAUUG